AUGCUGGAUGAUAUCGAGGCUGGUUCUCAGCGCACCGUACUGUCCGCGAAUGGCACCGACAUUGACGAUACCCUAGCUCGUUACGGCGAUAUGGAGUCCGCCGCUGCGCUCCCGGGUAGUGACCUCGAUGAACAAGGCCCUCGGAUGCUUGUCGACGUCAGUCCGGUCACUAGCUUCGUGGAGAUGGGACGCACCACCGCCGCUAGCUUUACACUGAACUAUCUACAGACCAUGGCCCUUCAACUCGUUUGCGUAUUUCUGGACAAGUAUACUGCCGAUCCGGACUCAGCUGGUCAGCAUCUUCAAUAUACCGGCGGGCCGGGAGGCACGGGAAAGUCAAGGAUUAUCGAUGCCCUGAAGGGCGUGUUCGCGGCGAGAGACCAGCCACAUCUUCUGCAGAUAACCGGCACAUCAGGCAGUUCGGCGGCCCAGAUUGGCGGCACGACGAUCCACUCGGCCUGUGGUAUGCUGGGAGGAGCCACUCUGCACAACGUCAGUCGUCACCUGCAGGCACUCCGUGACUGUCCGGACGAACCGUUUGGCGGCAUGCCCGUCGUUCUACUGAUGGGAGACUUCUACCAGUUCGCCCCCGUGCGGGAAACAAGCCUCCUGAUCAACAGACCGCCGGACCGAACACAGACCCCCCUGCGACAAGCCACCAUCUCUCACCACAGCGGCUGCAGAUUGUGGCAUCUGUUCAAAACCGUGGUGCUCCUCGAAGACCAAGUCCGCGCACGCAACGAUCCCCAACUCCGUGCACUCCUGGAUCGAGUUCGUAACGGGCGCCAGACCCAUGAAGAUCUGAGCUUGCUCAAUGCCAACAUUGUAGGACGCUCGCAAAUCACCUUCCACGAUGGUUUGCGCGCUAUAACGCCGCUGAACCGCACCCGGUGGGCCCUCAACAUGGAAGCUGUUGUGGGCUGGGCGCGCUUCAACCAGCGGCAUAUCCGUAUCUUUGUCUCGACUCACACCUGGCGUAGCGGCGCGCUUUCUCCAGACAUCGUAGUGCGAACCAUCGGACAAGGCGACGACUCUGCCUGCAAAGUCCCCGGCGUCUUCUUCUACGCCCAGGGCAUGCCCGUGGUUGUGAACAAGAACAUCUACACUGGCCUGAAGGUUGUGAAUGGGGCCGACUUUACCGCCGUGGACGUGAUAAUCGAUCCCAAUCACCCGGGAUACUGCUUGGCAGAUGACGUGACCAUCCACUUCGGGCCACCGCUCGGCAUUCUUCUGCAUGCUCAUCAGACCCAUGUCGCAUACGCUCGAUUCGACUAG